AUGGAUGCCUUUGAUCACGAUCUGACCUUCGAGGCGGAUGGUUUAUUAGAUGACGUGCCCAACAGCCUCCCUUCCCUCCCCUUCACGCCCUCCUACGAACUCUCCGAUGCCUUCUCGACAACCUUUGAAGAUCCCUUCUCCUACCAGUCCGGCGGUGCCUUCGAGUCUCUCCUCGACGAUACGAGCAUCGCCCAGAAUGGCGACGGCGCCGCCGCCGACCUCGACAACAAACUCCUCGGCUUCGGCGCCCCGAUCCUGAAGGCCGCCGUCUUUGAUGAUCAGGGCCAGACAUGGCCCGCCAUGUCUGCAGAGUUAUAUGGCAUGUUUUUCGUCGCGGAAGAUGUGUUUGGUGGGGAGACCACGGGCAGGCCGAUGGAGCUGACCUGCUAUCGCCGGAAUCUGUUCCAGAUCUCGGGCUCGGUCACGCUGUCGAGGAGCAUAUCGCACACGAUGAACGAGCAGGGACAGCACGUGCCGAUCUACGAUCUGCAGGCUACGAUUUCGGCGUUGGAAAGUAUUGAGGGAAAGAGUACGGAGAUCAUCAGCGUGCCGUGGAAGACGAACAAUGGCCUCUCGACCGAGGAUAAGGCUGGUGCUGCACCACCGAAAUGGCCGUUGGAUCUAACCAUGAAUCCGGAGCUGGAUCCCAUGUGCGUCUCUAUUCCGAUUGCCUGGAAGAGAUUGCAAUUCAAACAUGCAACAGCCAACAAUGGACGAAGAAAGGGUUUGCAGCAGCAUUACGUUAUCCAGAUCAAUCUCAUGGCUACAUUGGCGACCGGAGAGACUGUGAAGAUAUCAGAGAUCCAGAGCGGUCCCAUCAUUGUUAGAGGGAGAAGUCCUAGGAAUUUCGAUAGUAGGAAGGAUGUACCGCUCAGUGAGAGGAAAGUGGAUCUUAAACAGAGGGCCAUGAGUGAUGCAGCCCACCCAGUGAAGGUUGACCCCGCCGUUGCAAAUAGCAAUUACAGAUUUUAUGCAAUGCAGGGUCAUCCUCUAGAUAUACCAGAUUGGACCGGAACGAAUCCCACUUCUCUCCCUUCAUCCGCCGACAACACUCCAACGCAGCACCGCCAAACUAAGAAAGUUGUGGCAUCUGUGAAUCUACCCCGCCCUCCAGUGCCGAUAACGAAAUGGAAGACGGAAUCCACCCCGACGAAAACGGCUGCUGCAACGGCACCCAUUGAUUUGUCUCUUGCAGAUGACGAUCAUGGACGUUCAAACAGUUCGGGGUUGAGGAGUGGGAAAUCAUUUCGCGGGGGAAGCGGGGAAGGGGAAGUAAGCCCGAGCGCAGACCGAGGGAGAAAGUUGGGACUUGGAAGCCCAGCUGAGAAUGCAGACCUGCUUUACGAAUACUUCCCGCUGAGUUUGGAUGAUUGGAUGCCGCCAGUGGACGCGAUAUAUCGGCCGCAUGUGGUGCAUCAUACGAUUAUCCCGCCAGAUUUGAAGGCGCAGCACUUGAAGAAUAAAACGAAGAGAUAUUUCAGUGCUGAUGACUAG